CGCUGCCGGGACGCCGGAGCCCGGGGAGCUCGGGGCCGCGAGGGCAUCCGGGGGUCCGAGCCCCCCGAUCGAUCGCAGCCGCCCGCGCGGAGCCGCGCCCGCCAGCCCGGCCACGCCCGAGCCCCGGGCCCGAGGACCGCGGUUCAAAGCCGGCCCGGGCAGAGCUACGGAAAUCCUGUUGAAAAUGAAGAAAACCAGGGAACGAGCCUACAACAAGGAAAGGGACUUCGUGUACAAGUUCCGAGUGGGAAGCGAGUGUCUGGAGCUGAGGGUGCCGCUCACGUUCCCGGUUCAGGAGAACGCCAGCCACCUGCCCAGACGCCUCAUGCUGCUGCACGCUCUGCCUUGCUUCAUAGAGCGGGACCUGGAAGCCGCCCUGCGGCAGUUCAUCGAGGAAGAGUCGCUCCGGGACGCCGACGCCGAGGCCGAGGCCUCCCUGGAGGCCGUGACGUCGGGGGACGUGGAUCUCCACCAGCUGGCGAGUGCCUGGGCCAAGGCCUACGCCGAGACCACGCUGGAGCACGCCCGGCCCGAGGAGCCCAGCUGGGACGAGGACUUUGCCGACGUGUACCACGACCUCAUCCACUCGCCCGCCUCCGAGACCCUCCUCAACCUGGAGCACAACUACUUCGUGAGCAUCUCAGAGCUGAUCGGGGAGCGGGACGUGGAGCUGAAGAAACUGCGGGAGAGACAAGGUGUGGAGAUGGAGAGAGUGAUGCAAGAACUGGGGAAAUCGCUCACAGAUCAAGAUGUCAAUUCACUGGCUGCCCAGCAUUUCGAGUCCCAGCAGGACUUAGAGAAUAAGUGGGCCAAUGAAUUGAAACAGUCAACAGCCAUCCAAAAGCAAGAGUAUCAAGAGUGGGUGAUAAAGCUUCACCAAGACCUGAAGAACCCCAACAACAGCUCCCUCAGCGAGGAAAUUAAAGUUCAGCCGAGUCAGUUCGGCGAAUCCGUGGAAGCGGUGGGAAGGAUGUACGAGGAGCAGAGGAAGCUGGAAGAAAGCUUCACCAUUCACCUGGGAGCCCAGCUAAAAACCAUGCACAACCUGCGGCUGCUGCGGGCAGACGCGCUGGACUUCUGCAAGCACAAGAGGAGCCACCGCAGCGGCGUGAAGCUGCACCGGCUGCAGACGGCCCUGUCGCUCUACUCCACCGCGCUCUGCGGCCUGGUGCUGCUGGUGGACAACCGCAUCAACUCCUACAGCGGGAUCAAGAGGGAUUUCGCCACCGUCUGCCAGGAGUGCACCGACUUCCACUUCCCACGCAUCGAGGAGCAGCUGGAGGUCGUCCAGCAGGUGGCGCUCUACGCGAGGACCCAGCGCUGCAGCAAGGCCCGGGAGCCUCGGGAUUCUGGAAACCAAAACGGAGGAAGUGAAGAUAAAUGUAAGAACGCGGAGAGGAACUACUUAAAUAUCCUGCCCGGCGAGUUCUACAUCACGCGGCACUCGAACCUCUCGGAGACCCACGUGGCCUUCCACCUGUGCGUGGACGACAACGUCAAGUCGGGGAACAUCACGGCGCGGGACCCGCCAUCAUGGGGCCUGCGCAACAUCCUCAAGGUGUGCUGCACGCACGACGUGACCACCAUCAGCCUGCCCCUGCUGCUCGUGCACGACAUGGCCGAGGAGAUGACCAUCCCGUGGUGCCUGCGGAGGGCCGAGCUGGUGUUCAAGUGCGUCAAGGGUUUCAUGAUGGAGAUGGUUUCCUGGGACGGAGGGAUCUCCAGAACAGUCCAGUUCCUGGUGCCGCAGAGCAUCUCCGAGGAGAUGUUUUACCAGCUGAGCGGCAUGCUCCCCCAGAUCUUCCGCGUCUCCUCGACCCUCACGCUGACAUCCAAGCACUGAGUCCCCCCCCCCCCCGCCCCCGGGGACCCCAGCUGUUCCAGAACCUUCCCCACGGGCGGAGCCUGCCACCCGCCCCGCCUGGGCGAGGCCGGAUCCCAGCGCCCCGGGGGGCCGCCUUGACCCCUCGGCCCCCCUCCAUUUGUCCUGUCGGCGGGGGGGGGGGGGGGGUCGCCCCGGCGCUGUCCUGGACAAUAGACGUCAAGGGGUUCAAGCUUUCCCGUGUGUCGUUGUGCCCCAGGCCUCCGCCCUCUUCCCCCCCCCACCCCCA